AUGAUGGAUCUCAGCGCCCUCGCAGAAGCACUACCACCGCUGGAUCAAGGUGAUGUGACCUUAGUUGUUUGUGAGGGUCCCGAUGGUUUCCCGGAGAAGCUGCUGGGAACAGAGGGGGAAAACGCACAGGGGUCAAUCAGAGAACAGGCCAGUGACGGUGGCUUUGGAGAAUCGCCAAAGGGGGCCGGAGGACAUGCAACAAAAUUCCUGGCACAUAAGAGCGUUUUGCUUUCAUCUUCUGACUAUUUCAAGUCCUUGUUCUCAAAUUUCAAGGAGGCGACCCAAGAGACUGUCACAGUGCAUUGGGAUGCGACCAUCUUUGCCAAGGUCCUGGGCUUCCUUUAUGGCAAGGAACUGAACAUCGAGCCCAAUGACAUCCUGCCCCUGAUACAGUCUGCUUACAUGUUUGGCAUCGAGAGCCUCCUGGGUCAGUGUCGCAACUGGAUCUCCAGCUGCACCCCUCGGCCCGGUCAGGAAAGCGGGCCAGUGGUGGACCUCGAAUCAGCGUGCGGCCUCUGGACAGCCGCCAAGGACGUGGCAAGAGAUGCUGCAGCGGCGGACGCCGUGGCUGAGCUCUGCGUGGUGACCCUGGCAGUCUUCUUUGAGGACGCCGUGGCCCAGCAGGCCCUCCGAGAGGCGCCGCUCGAGCUGCUCAUGGCGGUCGUCAACAGCGAGCACCUCACAGUUCCCAGCGAAAAGGUAGUUUGCGAGGCGCUUCUGGACUGGGCAACGGACAAAUGUGCAGAUGUGUGGAGCUUGGCAGCCAAGGAGAUCCGGUGGGCCAUGCUACCCCUCCCCUUCCGCCUAGGGCUACGUCGCCGGAGCCCACCCCUGGGCAGUGUUCUUGACGCGGCCUUGCUUGCGGCCAGCCAGCCCCGCGCCUCCGCAUCCUCGAAACGGCAGCCCACCCUUUCCAAAGACUUCCUGCCCCGGGUAUCGGAGUUCCUCGAGGGCCUGGACCUGCGCGGCUGCCAGCAAUUCAACGAGGCGUCCUUCUUCUCCCUCUUCCGCCGCCCCUGCCCGCGCCUGACCCGCCUAGACCUCUCCGACUGCUGGCGCCUGCGCCACCACGCACUCCUGUUCGGUCUCGCCGACCUGCUCCCCAGUCUAGCCCACCUCACCGCCGUCAACUGCCCGCACCUGCCCUCCGCGUUCCUUCUGGGGGAAGGCCACCCCAACCUCCAGUCUCUCGACCUCUCUGUCUCGUCGGGACAGCCGAAGCGCCGGCCGUACGAGCCGUCGCCUGAUUGGAUGCUGCCCGGGUGGGCUCCCGACGAAGCCCCCACUCAGUUCGACGACAUUUGGACCCCGCGGCCAGUGCGCAGGGCCCCAGCAAAUAAGAUCCUCGGUCCGGGGGGCUACUCGGAUCCCGCGGUUCUUAGUCAGCGAGGCCUCGUGCAGCCCCGGUGCGCUUACCCCCGGCUGGUGGACAUCGCGCUGCGCAAGCGCUCCGACGUGGGUGCCCCGCUGCUGCAUCUGCUGGCCUCCACGUGUCCCAACCUGACCAGCCUGGACGUCUCGUGGUGCCCCGACGUGGCGGACGACAGCCUCGCAGCGCUUCUGCUCAAGCUGCCCCGCCUCACGGAACUGCGAGCGGCGGGGACGAAGUUCGGAAGGGAGUCCGCGGCAGCGCUGCUGGCGAGAGAUGGGUGGACCCAGGGCACCGAUGAACCGUCGAGAGGUUCCAUAGAAGCAGCAGACGCAGCCGCCAGCGUGCGCGAAGGCACUGAACAGCCUGCCUCUACUUUUCCGUCUGGGAAGCCAUGUGGUGAGAAUGCGAACAGUGGCCCGUUGCUGGGAGCACGGGCGGAGCAGGGCGGCUUCGAGGCGCCCACGAGCGGGGUUUUGGGAGCAGACGUGUCCUGGUUGCGGGUUCUGGACGUCAGCCACUGCAGAGAGCUGGGCGGGCAGCAUGCUGCGGCCCUGACCGCCGGGCUUGACCGGCUGGAAGAAAUUUCUCUGUCCGGCAUUGUAGCCUCGGGCAGCUUCUCGUUCGCCAGUUCGAGCAUCCGGAGACUCGACGUGAACGGGCUCCGGAUACCAGGCGACGAGCUGGCAAUGCUCCUGCGCAAGAACCCGCGGCUCCAGCGGCUGGACGUCAGGGGUUGCAACCAGGUCGGUUCACGUGAGUGCUCUCUAGACGACGGGGGAGACUGUAGUAGGCUCGGAAUGAAAGACGGCUGCUCUCGUGCCGAAUCGACGUCGAGCGGGAAGACUGAUGGGCACAGGGUUGGUAGUAAGUCAGCAGCAGAGCGAUCAGCAGACGGGCAUCGACAAGCCGAAGAACCUUUUUCGGUCGGACCUUCGGAGCAGCCGGCGGUGUGGGGAGAGGGGUCCAAGCUGGAGACGCUGAAAGUGAGCUGGGGUUUCGGCCACGGGAGUUUUCGGCGCCUGGGUUCCGCCCUUGGCCAGCUGCGGUCGCUGACAUUGGGCCUGGGGGCAGCGGUCAGUGACGCGGAUUUGGCGGAGCUUGCAGGAGCGUGCCCGCGGCUGGAGCAUCUCAGGCUGCGCAUGCUGAUGAUCUCCGGGGAGGGCAUCCUCCCGGUUGUUCGUCAGGCCCAGCACCUCUCGACCCUGAGCCUGCACCACUGUGCGGGGCCGUUUACGCCCAGGCUGCUGGACACCCUCUGUGGCUCGGCGGCAGGGGCCAGCCUGCGAACAUUGAAGCUGAUCGGGGGCAUCUCGACCCUCGAUGAUGCCUGCAUCGCCCGGUUGGCCAACGGACUGCCCACGCUCGAAAAGCUCGCCCUGGCGGGCGCUCGCCGACUGACCCCGGCCGCUCUGAAACUCAUCGCCGAGGGCUGGCCCGCACUGCGCCACCUGGCACUCGAGAACUGUGGCCGAGUCACAGCCGACGGUGCCGACGUCCUCUUCACCUCCUGCUUCGCGCUCGCGUCCCUGAAGCUGGUGCACAGCGGCCGGGGGCUGCCCGUCGACUUCAUCAGAGCAGCCCACGACCGGAUGCCCAUGCUCACGUCACUCUUCCUGGAUGGCUGCGAUGCCGCCGACGGCAAGUUCGCGUUGAUCGAGCCGAUGGCAACGUCCGUGCAGGGUCCUCUUCAGUCAAUUCAAAUAGGGAAAUGUAAGAAAGAUAAAGCUCUCCAUCCGGCAAUUCGAAUGUCGGAUCCGGAGAAUUACUCCACAUUAGUGCGAAUCUGCAUCGAUAAGAUCGAACUGUAACUUACUGCCGACGGCAACCCUCCAUGGUUGGACUCAUUUGUCCAAGUUUCAGGACUUUCAUGUUGUUUCAAGAGACGGGACACACACAUCCUUUUCAAGAACACGGGUGUCUCGUUUCCAAUGCCUUGCAUUCAAGCUCUUGAUACGUAGGCUUGCUGACACGCGUUCUAUUGUAAAACCGUCCUGGCCCAAAAUCUUGCUAGGACUAAGCGGCUAUACGAUGGCUUUCUCAUGCUGG